AUGAGUACAAUGAAUAUUUCCAUUGAAAAGAAGAGAUCCGACUGUCCAGCCUUACCCAAAGGCUGGCAACGGGAGGAAGUACUAAGAAAGACUGGUUUGUCUGCCGGAAAAGUUGAUGUAUACUAUUACAGCCCAACAGGUAAAAAGUUUCGCAGUAAGGCUGAACUAGUUCGUUAUCUGGGUGAUAGUAUGGACCUGUCGUGUUUCGACUUUCAGCAGGGUCAGAUAAACACUAUGCUGCUGUGCAAGGCCAAGAAAGCACGCGCGCAGUUUGAUUACAGGGGUGUUCGCUCUGAUGCGUCUUUAGUACCACCUAUUCGCCAGACUGCGUCGAUUUUCAAGCAGCCAGUCACUGUCUAUAAGACACAGGAAAGCAAAGUCAAAACAGACCUGAAACAUGGCACACAGGAGAAACCAAAACAAUUGUUCUGGGAAAAGAGGCUUGAAGGUUUGACAGCGUGUGACGCGGAUGGUGUGAAAGGCACCACAUCGCUGCCGAAAUAUAUCAAGCCCUUGGGACCAUACAACUCCGAUGCGACUAUUAUUCAGUCGCUGGCAACAGCUCUCCAUGUUUCCUCUCAACCUAUAACAGGUCAAACAGGAUCAAAGCAGUCCAUCCUAGAGAACCCUGGGGUUUUUUUAAACCCUGAGCAGCCGCUGAUAGCAUCAGUGACUAUCACGAAAGAUGACGUGAGACGGCAGGAAGAGCGCGUGCGCCGCGCUCGCCAGAGAUUGCGGGAAGCGCUUGCGGUCGUAUAG